ACCAGCUCCGAGAGAACGGCAACAAUUCAUUCACAAUGUUGAUACAUCCGUCGUAGGGUAGUGCUCGACUCGUGCCAGUGAAGAUAAUCAUAUUUAGGUACUUUUUUAAUUAAAAGAGGUGCUACACUUUUUUGAAGACGGUUUAGUGCAAGUGUGUGGAUGAUCUUCCGAAAAUGUGGAGCUUGGUGAUAUUUUUAUGCCUCACCAUUUCAUGGGUAGAAGCCCAGAAUGGUCGAGGGCCGCAGCAUCAAGACCACAACGGUCACGGGUGGGAUAUCCGGCUGGCAGUUCCAGGGGAACCCGGCAGUGAUUAUCCUACCCUGGGCGCUAUACCCAGGACAUCCUUCUCUUGCGCGGGAAGAGACCCAGGAUAUUAUGCAGACAUAGAAACAAAUUGUCAAGUCUUCCGAGUCUGCACAGUAGGAUCAACCUACGGCUUCCAGUCGUUCCUCUGUCCAAAUGGAACUUUGUUCAACCAAGCGGUGUUCGUCUGCGACUGGUGGAUGAACGUCGACUGCCAAAACUCUCAACAGUACAUAAACAACAACAACGAGCAAUUUGAAAAUCUACGAUUAGGUCCACAACUCAUGAAGGAUAUUAAGAAAAUGCUCACUCACCCAAUGCGUAACCCCUACGAUAAGAGUGCGAUGAAGAGUAAUCUCAUUGUAAUGCAGGAAUACAAGCCACCAUUCGGUCAGCUGUUCCCGAAUGGAGCCCUAUUAGCAGGACCUGAACGAGCUCCAAACAAUGUUUAUUUUCCAGCGAAACAAAUCCAGAACCAGAACCUAGUUCAAGGAAAUCCAAAUGAUUACUCGUUCUCAGCAUCAACACCUGACCCCAGAUAUAUUCCUGCACCAAUCAACACUAACUUUUUGCCGUUGCAAAGAGAUGCAGAAGUGUUCCAAAGACAGCGACAAAAUGGACAGUACAAUGCAGUAAAUAAUAAUGGUAUCCAAAACGCUAGAGUGCAAACAACUCAGACAUCACAGACUGGAAACCUUAUUUCUAACGGGCAUGCAGGCAGAUUUACUCAAAAUGGAAAUUCAAAUUCUGUUAACACAAAUAAUUACCCCCAAAUACAGAAUCCACGACCGACACAGAUAUCUAAUAGUUUUUCACAGAGACAAACAAGUUCUGUAAGCAACUCUCAAUCAAACAAUGUACAAAAUACACAGAGAGCGCCGAAUACAAAGCAACGUGCACAGUACUCAGAACCCAGAAGAUUACCUCAAACAAACAAUGAAGCUUCCUUUUCUAAAUCACAGAACUACGUAAACAAUAAUAAUCAAGAUAAACAAGCAUACACAUACAGUACUCCAGCAUCCAAUAUACAACAAUAUCCAAAUAAUUUAAACAAUCCAGCAGGUAGAGAACUCAAACAAAAUUUGGCGCUCGUGUACUCAUUCUUGACUGAUUCCAUCAACGUAGCGAGAGAAUACAACAACAUUGCACAACAAGAGAUACUGACGUCUACAGCAGCACCUACUCCAGCACAGUUUCAGAAUCUAAACAACGACAAACUGUCACAAAUUACGAACCAGAUAUCAUCGCUUACAUCGUCACAAUAUACUAGCAAUGCAAAGUACACUGAUGAUCGAAACCAGGGUCAACAGAUACAAACAAAUCAAUUCACUCCUUCACAACAAACACAAGAUGUAACUAGUCAGAUUUACAACCGCCCGAGUCCAGCAAACUUCAUCAAUCCCAGCAACAUUCAACAACAAUCUACACCAAUGUUCACUUUACAACGAAACACUAAUCAAAACAACGCAAUGGACAAUUUUAAGCAAUCCAAUCCUCAAUUUGAAGUUGUGAAAGCAGAUACUGUUGAUUUGAACCCAGCUAAACUGCAACUUGAAUCUCCUAAUGGAGUUGAACAGUUCACUAGUCAAGAAGCUCUCAAUAAUUUGAUCAAUAGCCAAAGUGGAAUAUCAGCACAGCUAGAAGAUAAAAUAGUAGGCACUAUACCUCAUCCAUUAGAAGAAAACAAACUGCUCACAUACAAGAAGGAUCAAUCAUACUACCUUUACACUAAAUUGGAAGACAACACGAUCGAUCAAAAUUCUCAAACAAACCAGCAGACUAACACGAACACUCAACAAAACGCGAAAUUGAUCCAAACUAAUGGCAACAAUAUGCCAAAUGUAGUUUCAUUCCAACUUAUACCUUCAGUGAGUUACGAAUUAGAAGACGAGAAAGAUAAACAAGAGAUUUUAAGUGCUUUCCAAAUAGAUGAGUUCGGCGCUCCCAGAGACGUAACGAGACCGCAGAACGAAGCAAACAAAAAUCAAGGACAGCAAAUUAUGACGUCUAGAAUAGAUUAUGCAGUGGAGCACCCAAGCACACCUACACAAAAUGAACAGUACAGAAUAAACCCGUUGUAUUCUGGACCAUCUUCGUACACUGCUCCACAGUCGUCAGUGGGUAGCCUAGGGUCCAGACAAGUAGUACAAAAUAAUUUCAACUCUAGACUAGAAGACUUUGGUAGCAAUAAUAGUAACGGCUACCCCAAAGAUAGGCCUGCGCGACAAUUCUUUUCUUGAAAUAUUAAAAGUAGAUAGAAUUACAAUAUCCUUUGCCAAGUUAAAUAAUUUAACUAAUAUUGCAUAAAUUGAUGUAAAUAAAAUAAAAAUAUACUUAGUGUAAUUUAUGUAUAAAUAGAGAUAAGUAAACUUUAUUUUAUUGAGACAUGACUGCAACCAAAAAUGAGACAUUACAAAAAUUACUACUAAGUGAAA